GGGUUUAUCAAAUUCUAGGGUUUCUGCAACCCCUUUGCUUUCAAGUUCUGAUCCAUGGAGGUCGCUGACUCAAAUCACUCCAAACACAAGAAGAAGAAGAAGAACCAAACCGUUGAAGGCAAGUUUCGCCACGACCUGGACAUCUGCUCCAAGAACAAAGACCUAACCGGCGCGAUUUCUCUCUACGAUUCCGCGGUUUCUCAGAACAUUCGCCUCAACCAAUACCAUUUCAAUGCUUUUCUCUAUAUAUGCUCCAACUCCGUAUCGGACUCCUCGGAGGUGGUGGAAAACUCAUCAAAGAACUCCGCAUUCGAAUUCGGAUUCCGAAUAUGGGACCAGAUGCUCUCGAAUGGGGUCAAGCCGACGGAGGCGACGAUGACGGCCGUAGCGAGGCUGGCUUCCGCGAAGGGCGACGGAGACCGCGCGUUCGAGCUGGUGAAGAGUAUGGGGAAGUACGGGGCUUCUCCGAGGCUACGGUCAUAUGAUCCGGCAUUGGUGUGCUAUUGUAAGAAUUUGGAGGCCGAGAAGGCGUAUAAUGUUGAGGAGCACAUGGUUUCCGCCGGUGUGAACCCGGAGGAGCUAGAGCUCGCGGCGCUCUUGAAGGUUAGUGUGGAAACGGGGAAUGAGAAGAAGGUUUACCAGUAUUUCCACAAGCUGAGAGCUAACUUGAGGUUGGUGAGUGAAUCCACGGCGGAGAUUAUUGAGGAUUGGUUUGGUGGAGCAGUAGCUGCUGAGACCGGUGUUUCGAAUUGGGAUAAAAGUCGCGUUAAAGAAGCGAUUUUAAGGAAUGGAGGUGGGUGGCACGGCAUGGGGUGGCUAGGGACGGGGAAAUGGGUUGUUCGUAGGUCCAAUGUGGAUUCAGCGGGCCACUGUCUCUCCUGCGAGCAGCAUUUGGAUUGUGUUGAUAUUGAUAGGGCAGAGACUGAAAAGUUUUCCCAGUCGGUGGCUUCUUUAGCAAUGGAAAGGGAGGUGCAGUCUAAUUUCAGAAAUUUUCAGGACUGGCUAGAGAAACAUCCUGAAUAUGAAGCUAUAGUGGAUGGAGCAAAUAUUGGACUCUACCAACAGAAUUUUGCGGAUGGUGGAUUUUGCAUUUCUCAGCUUGAUGCUGCAGUGAAGGAAUUGCAUAACAGGAGCAACAAAUGGCCACUUGUUAUCUUGCACAGUAAACGGAUUAGGACACUUCUGGAAAAUGCUUCCAAUAGGGAGUUGCUUCAGGAGUGGAUGGAUCAAGGACUGCUCUAUGGGACCCCAUAUGGAUCCAAUGAUGAUUGGUACUGGCUGUAUGCAGCUGUCAAGCUCAAGUGUUUGCUUGUGACAAAUGAUGAAAUGCGAGAUCACAUUUUUGAACUCCUAGCCAGAAACUUCUUCCUGAAGUGGAAAGAAAGGCAUCAAGUUCGGUACAACUUUGCAAAAGGUAACUUAAAGCUUCAUAUGCCUCCAUCAUAUUCUGUUGUCAUUCAGGAGUCAAAGGAGGGAGCAUGGCAUGUGCCUAUAGCUGGUGAACAUAGUGAUGAGUCUUCAAGAACUUGGCUCUGCAUCACCAGGGCAGGUCCUGCUGAUGCUUCUAAUGAAGGAGGUCCUGUCUCCAAAGGCACUUCGGAAAUUGCCCAAUUGUCUGAUAACAAUAUGGUACUGAAUCCAUCCGACUCGAAGAAUAAUAAUUUACAUGACAUACAAGAUUCUUUCGAGACUCUGAAUUCUAAAACUGGAUCUGUAAUGGGAAAAAGAAAGGAGAGAGAUUCAUAAUCCUCGGAAUGAUUUUCAGUUCUUUUUUUUUUUUUUUUGGGGGGGGGGGGGGGGGGGGGGGGUUGCCUUGGGUUUGAAGAUUUCAUAAUCCUCUGUUUUUAUUUUCUGUUACUUCUGUUGUGUACUUUAAUUGUUAUUUCUGGUUCAAAUAUUUAAUUUAAAGAAAUGGUGUUUCUUUCU